AUAAGUUCCCACCAACCGCUCCCGUUUCCUCGUCCGGUUGCGAGGGAAUGGCAGCGGCGACGUGCAAGACCUCCCCGAUCCCAACAAAUCUCAACCAUCCGCACCGCCCAAAACCCCCCAUCCCGCGCUUCCGAGCCGUCCGAUGUGCCUCCCGUCCGACUUCUAAAACCUCGUCCAAAACCCUAGCCCCCGGCGACCUCUCCCCAGCCUUCCGCUCCGUCACCGCCUUCGCCCCCGCUACUAUCGCCAACCUCGGCCCCUGCUUCGACUUUCUCGGCUGCGCCGUCGAUGGCGUCGGUGACACCGUCACUGUCGCGGUCGACCCCGCCGUCCCUGCCGGAACCCUCUCCAUCUCCUCCAUCUCCGGCAUCGCCGCCUCCGCCGCCAAGCUCAGCCGUGACCCCCUCUGGAACUGCGCCGGCAUCGCCGGCAUAGCCGCCAUGCGGGCCCUCGGUGUCCGCUCCAUCGGCCUCUCCCUCCACCUCGAGAAGGGCCUCCCAGCCGCAGCAGCCGUCGCCGUCAACGGGCUCUUCGGUGGCCGCCUCACCCCCGGCGAGCUCGUCCUCGCCGGGCUCGAGUCGGAGAAGAAGGUUAGCGGGUAUCACGCCGACAACGUCGCCCCCUCGAUCAUGGGCGGAUUCGUUCUGAUCCGGAGCUACGAUCCCCUCGAACUCCUACGAUUGGAGUUCCCCGCCGGCCAAGAUCUCUACUUUGUUCUCGUAAGCCCAGAAUUCGAGGCGCCGACGAAGAAGAUGAGGGCGGCGCUGCCGCCGGAAGUCAAGAUGAAGGACCAUGUGCACAAUUCCAGCCAGGCGGCGGCGCUGGUCGCGGCGGUGGUGCGGGGGGACGUCAGGGUUUUGGGCUUGGCGAUGUCAUCGGAUGGGAUCGUGGAGCCGAGGAGGGCGCCGCUGAUACCGGGGAUGGCCGGGGUGAAGAAGGCGGCGAUUGAGGCUGGUGCAUUCGGGUGCACUAUAAGUGGGGCGGGGCCGACGGCAGUGGCGGUGAUCGAUGGCGAGGAGAAGGGGAAGGAGAUCGGGGAUCGGAUGGUGGAGGCGUUCUUGAGGGAGGGGGGAUUGAAGGCAAGUGCAACGGUGGCGAGACUGGACAGAGUUGGGGCUAGGGUUAUCAGCAGCAAUGCUGAUUAAAAGAUCUCAUAUAUACCUGAAUUGGGAUUCUCCUGCUGCAUUGCAUUGAAAUGUCCUGCGGGUUGUAUUCACAACAAUCAGUUCAGGGCCUAAUGCAUACUUGGGCAAUGCUUUUUCACUCACAUGAUGCGCCUCCAGUUCCUUGUUAUGCGGUUCCUUCAUUUCUCCUGCAUGGCGUUCCCUUGGGAGGAGAAGUUUUGCAAGAUUCCAGUUCAAUCAAAAUGUAACCCAAAGUCCUGCUCAGGAUGAAUUUGUAUCUGUUUGUAAGUGAAAAAACAUGGUGCUUAGUUUGCUGGAUUGUGUGAUCUGCCCAAUUUGAACUGUCGGACAUUGUAGUUUUCUUUCUGGAAUUCACUAAUGGAUCUAGAUGUUCCAAGAGCGCAGUGAUCCUUUU